CGUCCCCUUCUACUACCUCCUAUUACUCAUUCCAUACUCAAUACAUAGUACUAGUAAAAUCUCUCGGCGUUCAAUUGUUUCAAGUCGUUAUGCCGGCUAUCCCGCGAUCCCCCAUCAAAACUCUGCUAUCGCAAUUUAACAGACGUGAUUACCCGGAAAACAGUGGAGGGCAUGAUAGCGAUGGAAGUAGCCCGGUAGCGAUAGUGGGAAUCGUUAUUGCUGCCCUCACUUUGCUUGUUGGCAUUAUGUCUCUUCUGAGCCCACGAUUCCGUCGUUGGUUGUCCCGUUUAUUACCUUCGCGCUUCGCCAAUGUAUACCCACCCCUCCUCAUCACCAUUAAGGAUAUUAAUAUAUUUCUUAGCCCUAUAAUACCCUUCAGCAAGUUCCCAGAGCUACCCUACCGGGUCUCGAGCCCGCCGUCCC